GCGGGUCUUCCUUGCAGGGCCACUUCGCAUGCCCACCCAGCCUUCAAUUAAAAGAGAGAGAAAAAAUGCUGAGUCUCUUCUCAGUUACUUUUCUAUCACUGUGCCAAUGCUCCUGAGAAAGGGAGGCUGCCGGGCUUUCAACAUCAGCAGGAAAAGGAGGGCUGGAAAGCCGAAGCAAACUUUUGGGAACCAAGAAAGCAUCUGGCACAGCUGGAUUGCUCAAGACCGGGGGCUCCUCUCCCUGCAAAAAGCAGGCGACAACAAUCAAAGAUGUCUAUGAAAAUUCAGCUUCUCGUCUUCCUAAUAGGGAGCUUGUCUCUCUGCGUAUUGGCUGAGGAAGGUACACCCCUAACUGAAGAAGAAACAGCAACUGCUGAUAUCGGAGAUGGCACAGCGUCCGAAUUUCCAGAAGAUUCAACCCAGGAACUAACGACUACAGAUAGUGUCUUGUCAACCCGGGGCGAUGCUGAGAACUCCACGGACUCAAGUAUUCCAGGGAUUUCUGAUGAUGGUCUGGAAACAGCUACGCUGGCGGGGAUUAUCAUUGGCAUCAUCGUGGCGAUUGGCGUGGCUACCGGGAUCAUCCUUGCAAUUGUGAAGAAGGUGUCGGGCAGGUACUCGUAAGUACUUCAUUAGGCCCUAAGGGGGAAACUCACAUCAGGCAAAAUCCACAUAAACAUACUUUGCCACCUCCUGUUUGAGCAACAAUCCCCAGGUACUAAUCGUAGAAGAAAGCCACGGAAGUAGGAUUUGCCACCGAUCGGACGGACGGAGGCCUCCCCGGCCCAUGUUGAA